ACACAUUAAUAUAUUGAUUUCCCUAUUACUGAAAUAACAGUCUAUGUAUAUUGACCAACCUCUAAUAAAAUAUUUAAGCCUAUCUUGAUUUUAUUGGAUUAUUUCACCAUUUAUCUGCUUCAUUCGGACAUUACGAGGCGGUGUCAGGGGAACGAUGUCACGACCACAGAAAAACCGCAUCACUGGUGGAGGUAUGUGGCGAAAGAAACAACAACGAACUGACGAACAGGAAGGACUGGUGCUUGACAAUUUAGGUGGUGAAAGGCAUUCAUUAAUUACAUCAGAAUCAGUGACGUUAGCGGCAGAACUUGGUGAAACUACAUCAUCCCAUAGUUUUCAGAAAGAGGUAGCACAUAAAACAAGCACGCUUCUGACUGGUCGACAAGAAGCGGAAACGGAAGUGUUCACGGAUGUACUUGUUAGAAGGAAGGGAGGUGUGGACAAGGCUUUACUUUUUGUGAUUUCUACAAUGAAAAUAGAAUCAAAAAUUUCAGUGCUUGUAAACAAUCUGAUAAACCGGGGUGCCAGCACUUCUGCUGCUGACUGUGAACUGAAGACACCUUUACACCAUGCUAUCAUUAGGAAUUUGAAAGGUGUUGCUGCCAAGUUACUUGACAAUGAUGCUUUUCCCAAUGCACGUGACAAAUACGGCACUCUUCCGUUGAAAAUUGCCAUGGACAACAAAAAUGACGACAUGUGUGCACUUCUGCUUGCCUAUAUGCCAAAUGCAUUUGUGCGUGGCUUAUUUAUCUCAUGCGAAAGAAAAGAUGCCGAAUUUUCAAUUCAUGAUUUACUUCGUAUUGAAACCAGUAUGCAGAAAACGAUUCUAUCAAUAUUUGACUGCUUGAUAGAGACACGAGGUUCCACCGAUAGACUGAGAGUAUAUUACGAUUUGUUGGAAUGUGACGAAAACGGACGGACACCAACUGACAGCAGUUUCAUUGGAAAGUCAAAAUCGCCGCUUCAAGUGAUUGCAAAGAAGGGAAAUAAGAACAUUGUUUACCAUGAUGCAGUACGGUUGCUUAUAAGAAGAAAAUGGAAACUGUAUGCCAAAAGGAGGUUUGAGUUUAAUUCCUUUCUGUAUAUUCUUGGAUUAUUUUGCAUCACAUACUCUGCUAUCGUGGCAGUGAUGUCACCUGACCCAGCUGUGUAUAAUGGUCCUCUGCAGAUAUCCAGGACUGUAUUUGAAGUUUUAUCCCUUGUAAUGGUGGCGCAAACAUUUUGCACAGAAAUUAAUUCAUUAAGACGAAACAAGUUAGAAUAUUUUCAUGAUACAUUUAACUGGUUUGAUAUGUCGUCUUCAAUUUUGCUGAUUUGUGUUGUUCCUUUGCGAUUUACACAUAACGAUGCACAGUGGCACGUGUUUGCAUUUGGAUAUUUAUUUUGGACAAUAAGGAUUUUCAAAUUUGCUGCAGUAUUUAGACAAACAGGGGCGUAUACACAGAUAUUGACCAGAAUUAUUGCCCACGAUUUUAUCCAGUUUGGUGUCGUGUUUCUUGUCAUUCUUCUGGCCUUCAGUGGAUCAUUCUUCCUGUCUUUGAGGGGUGACAGAGACCUAGAUACACAUAAUGAAACAAGUACCUUCUGGGGAAUAUUGUUCGUUGGCGUUAGGUCGUUGACAAAAGCACAACCUGUGGUUGAUUAUACCGGAGAGGACGGAUACGGGACAGUUAGUGUUAUACUCAUGGUAUGCUUCUUGUUCACGUGCAUUGUUAUCCUCCUCAACAUCCUCAUUGCACAAGUGACUGAUACAUAUCAGAAGGUCCAACAAGAUGCGCAGAGAGGGUUAGAGGUCAACAGAGCAUGGAUCGUGGCCAAAGUGGAGUUAAACAGUUUCUUCUGUAGAAGAGACUUUAGAAAAUCAAACUAUGCGGAGUAUGAAGACAUAGAGGAACUUAAAGACGUUCUAACAAAAUGGGAAUCUCCACCGCUCAAUGAAAUGAACAAGUAUGUCAAAGACAUCUGGGAUACUUUAGAUAAUCAUAAGAUGAACCUUCUUACAAUACAACAUAGGUUGGUUCGUCAGGAAAAUACUUUGCGGGAUAUACAAGAUCAGUUGCAUUGCCUAGUUGCUAUGAACACAACAAGAUCCUACGAUAUACCAGGCGGAGGUCCACAGUUUUCUCAGAGACCGAAGCUCUAUAGCCGUAAUACGAAACAAAAUGAUUUCAUUCAAUCCGACGACAAGAGUGACAACAGUGCAAGGAGAAAACAUUUACAUAAAGGAAAGAGCAUUACACUUGCUGAUGUUCAAACUGUUUUUAACAGUAUAGAGAAAGAAAACAAUGAAUUAAGUAAAGCGGAUUCUACAGAAUAUGAUGAUAAUAUUUGGUAAUCAUUUAGUAGCAAAUGUUUUAUGGUUACUGCGCCAAAGCAAUAAAAGUUGAGUAGUAGUGGUUCAAUUGUUCCUGACAUUCACAACUUGAGAGUACUUUCCGGUAAUUCUCUUCGGCAGUAUCUUUCCGUGAAAUGAAUGUGACACAUAGCAGCAAAUGUUUCGAAAGAUCUUCCCCAAAUACUUUCUUAAUUACAGUAUUUCAAAAUUAGUGAAAACUUAUGUUUAACUUUUAGGUAGUGUCGUUUUGUGGUCCAUGUUUUUCUUGGACAACUUGUGUAUGAAAAAAAAUGGUACCACUGUCUUACUUUGGUAUGAUGGUAAGAGGCGUCAAGUAGAGUCUAAGAUUUUGUUGUUUCUGUAUGGCUGUGAUUCCAGUAAGUAUAAAAGAUUUGAUUCCAUA